AUGUCGGGGCGGGUGAGCGGCGCGCCGGCUCCGGUGCUCCCCGCGCCGGCGCCGUCUUCCCCGGUGGCGGCCGCGGCGGCGGCCAAGGAGAAGCGCUCAUUCAGCAAGCGGCUGCUGUUCCGCGGCCGGGCGAGCGGGGCCAGCGCGGGCUCGUCGUCGGCGCGCUCGCUGGGCAGCUUCAUGAGCCGCGUGCUGAAGACGCUCUCGACGCUCUCGCACCUGGGCACCGAGCACGGCCCGCCCGCCGCCGCCCCCGGCGCCGCCGCCCGGCCCCACGGCCACCCGCCCGCCGCCGCCGCCGCCGCCGCCGCCGCCCUCUCCGGCAGCAGCCUCGGCCGCUGCUUCCAGCCCAGCCCGGAGCCCGAGCCGCCGCCGCCUCCGCCCUCGCCCUCGCCGCCGCCCGCCCAGGAGGUGCCGCCGCCCCUGCCGCCGCCCUUGCCGUCGUCGCCGCUGCCGGUGCCCGGCGUGGCGGGGCUGCGGAACCACGGCAACACGUGCUUCAUGAACGCCAUCCUGCAGUGCCUCAGCAACACCGAGCUCUUCGCCGAGUACCUGGCUCUCGAGCAGUACCGGGCCGCCGCGGACGGAGACGACAACCGGGAGGCGCCCGCCGCCCCGCCGCCCGCCUCCGAGCCGGCGCCGGACAACGGCAAGGGCGAGGUCACGGAGCAGCUGGCGCACCUGGUGCGGGCCCUCUGGACGCUCGAGUACACGCCGCAGCACAGCCGCGAGUUCAAGAGCAUAGUUUCUAAGAAUGCCAUGCAGUACCGAGGGAGCUCACAGCACGAUGCUCAGGAGUUCCUGCUCUGGCUCUUGGACAGAGUCCAUGAGGAUCUCAACAAUGUAGUGAAGAACAAUGGCAGACCUCCGCUGAAGCCGCCAUUGGAAGAAGAUGUGUUGAUCGAGGGAACAGCGUUUUCCAUAAAUAGCACUUUUGUCCAGGAACUCUUUCAGGCCCAGUACAGGUCGUCCUUGACCUGUCCUCAUUGCCAGAAGCAGAGUAAUACCUUUGAUCCAUUCCUGUGCAUCUCUCUGCCUAUUCCGCUGCCUCACACCCGGCCACUGUACGUCACUGUGGUGUAUCGAGGAAAGUGCUCCCACUGCAUGCGCAUCGGCGUGGCUGUGCCUUUGACAGGAACAGUGGCCAGGCUGAGGGAAGCUGUGUCCAGAGAAACUAAAAUCCCCACCAAACAGAUUGUGCUGACGGAGAUGUACUAUGACGGGUUCCAUCGCUCUUUCUCUGACUUGGAUGACCUUGACAUGGUGCAAGAGAGUGACUCUAUCUUUGCCUUCGAGACUCCAGAGAUCUUCCGGCCUGAGGGGAUACUGAGCCAGAGGGGAAUCCAUGUGAACAGUAACCUGAAUCACUUGAAAUAUGGAGUUGACCACCAUAGGGCUUCUCCUUACACCCAAGGGAGGCUGGAGAACUCCAAUACCAGGGCAGUGGCGGCGGCAGCGGCAGCAGCAAGUGACAAGAUAGUAGUCUUGGUGUGUAACAGAGCGUGUACUGGACAGCAAGGGAAGAGACUUGGCCAGCCCUUUGUGCUGCAUUUAGAGAAGACCAUUCCUUGGGACCUUCUGCAGAAGGAGAUCUUGGAGAAGAUGCAGUAUUUUCUACGGCCUUCCGCCUGUGUUCAGGUCUGUCCAUUCAGCUUGCGAGUGGUCAGUGCUGUGGGCAUAACAUACCUGUUACCUCAGGAAGAACGGCCUCUCUGCCACUUAAUGGUGGAACGAGCCCUGAAGUCCUGUGGGCAAGGUGGGACCCCUCACGUGAAGUUAGUCGUGGAAUGGGACAAGGAGACGAAAGAGUAUUUGUUCAUCAAUGUGGAGGAUGAAUAUGUCCCAGACGCAGAGAGUGUCCGCCAGCAGAGGGAGCUCCAUCAUCAGCCUCAGUCGUGCACCUUGUCACAGUGUUUCCAGCUCUACACCAAAGAGGAGCAGCUGGCUCCGGACGAUGCCUGGCGCUGCCCCCACUGUAAGCAGCUGCAGCAAGGGAGCAUCACGCUGAGCCUCUGGACCUUGCCUGAUGUCCUCAUCAUUCACUUGAAGCGCUUCCGACAGGAAGCAGACAGAAGGAUGAAGCUCCAAAACAUGGUUCGGUUCCCUCUAACUGGCCUGGACAUGACGCCUCACGUCGUGAAACGAAGCCAGAGCAGCUGGAGCCUGCCAUCUCACUGGUCCCCCUGGAGGCGUCCCUACGGCCUGGGCAGAGACCCGGAGGACUUCAUCUAUGACCUGUAUGCCGUGUGCAACCACCAUGGCACCAUGCAGGGGGGGCACUACACAGCCUAUUGCAAGAACUCCAUUGAUGGCCUCUGGUACUGUUUCGAUGAUAGUGAUGUGCAGCAGCUGGAUGAAAAUGAAGUGUGCAAGCAGACGGCCUACAUCCUCUUUUAUCAGAGGCGGACAGCCAUUCCCUCCUGGUCAGCCAACAGCUCUGUGGCAGGCUCCACAAGCUCCUCACUAGGUGAGCACUGGGUGAGUCGGCUUCCAGGCAGCAAACAGCCCAGCAUUGCUUCCGCAGCCUCCUCCAGACGCACAUCGCUGGCUUCUCUCUCCGAAUCCGUGGAGCUGAUGGGGGAAAGGAGUGAAGAUGAUGGGGGUUUUUCAGCCCGGCCCUUUGUGAGGAGCGUUCAGCGCCAGAGCUUGUCAUCCCGCUCCUCUGUGACCAGCCCCCUAGCCGUGAGCGAGAACGGGAUCCGCCCCUCGUGGUUGUUGUCAGCGAAGCUGCAGAUGCGCUCCAACUCGCCGUCGCGCUUCUCUGGGGACUCUCCAGUCCACAGCUCAGCUUCCACGCUGGAGAGGAUUGGGGAGUCUGCGGACGACAAAGUCUCCACCUCGUGCUUUGGCAGCUUAAGGAGUCUUUCUGGCAGCUACCUUGAAUCCAGUGACAGCGGCAGCCGCCGGCAGGAGCAUCCGAUUGUGGGAAGGGCUCCCCUGGCAGUCAUGGAGGGCGUCUUCAGAGAUGAAAUGCCUGCUCAGAAAUCCAGCUUGUGUGUGGACUCCUAUAGCAAGACAAGCAUGCACAUGGACAGGAACUGCCCUGCUCUGGACCCCUUUGAUAACAACAAUCAGAUAGCCUUCGUUGAUCAGAGCGAUUCUGUCGAAAGCUCUCCAGUCAAGGAAGGAAGGAGCUUCACUGGGAUGGCACCGUCCCCAGCAAAAGCAGGUGGCACCCCACAAAAGGACGCUGCCUCCAAGGAUGCCCCUGAGCCAGACAAAAAAUUGAGGAAAGAAAGAGCAGUGUUGUCUAGCCAGGAUUCCUUGACCUCUCGCCCAUCUCCUGCCUUGCCCCCUCCCUCUAAGAGUUUGCCAAAGGGGUCCCGGUCCCAGAACAAGCUGGAUUCCUGCCGGGCCAGUGGGCGGCACAGCUCCCCUGCCUCUGGGCAGAGCCGAAAGGCAUCUGGUGUGAAGCCUCAAGAAGCAGCUGCCACCUCCUCUGCUCAGCAGAAGCAGAAGUCCAUUUCCUCCUCUUCUUCCACUACAACGAGAAGAAACUCUUCGGGUUCUUCUGUGCGGGGACACGGCCCUGCUGCUGGCAAAAGCAGGACUUCAGACCGCAGCCUCAGCAGGGAGGGCUCCAAGCUGAGCCUGGGCUCCGAUAAGACAAGCUCACGAACAGGUUCCCCGCGGAUCAGCCAGUCGCGAAGCGAGGCCAAGACCUCUGACAGUGCGCAUGUACGCAGUUCGUCCAUGGCCAGUCUCCGUUCACCCCCCACGGGCCCACGGCCCAGCUUGAAGAGGGACAGCAAGUCCGAAGACAAGGGGCUGUCCUUCUUCAAAUCCGCUUUGCGCCAGAAAGAAACCCGUAGGUCAGCCGACCUGGGCAAGACCACCAUGCUGUCCAAAAAGAUGGCGGGCAGCUCCUCCAAGGCAGCUGGCAAAAGCCUGCCCCUGGAGAAGCCAGGCAAGGGCGCCCCCCAGCCACUCCCUCAUGCCAGCCCAGCUACAAAAGACGCCGCUUCUCCUGCCAAACACUUGCUUCUCGCGAACCGCAAGUCCAAGUCUUCCCCGCUGGAGGCCAACCCCCCGUCGGCCGACAAGGCCCUGCGCAAGCUCUCUUCCAGCAUGCCCUCCUCUGCACGGUCAUCUUCCAAGUCUCAGUGAUCGGCUGCAGCCCCUUGGGUUGCUCCCCUCCGUUGCUUUUUUGUUCAUGUGCCUGGUGUGCUUGAGGAAAACUUUACUACUGUUCAAGCGCCUUUUGAUUCCGCCAUCAUACCAAAUAACGAGAGGCAGUGGUGGCGGCUGGUCUUCGGAGCGAGCUGGGAACUGCCAAAGGACCUGAUCUCUCCCCCAGCCCCACAGCAGAACCGCAAUCUGCACAGAAGCCUCUUUUGGGCGCCUAACCACGAUUCCCUUCAGAGAAUGACUACGGAAGACAUCCAGGGCGUCUCUCUGGCCAGGUUUGCUUUCUCCCGGAGUCUGCCGCCAGCUCUGUGAGCUACACAAGAGCCUCAAAGGGACACAGUGGAAAGCAAGACUGUCACAUUGCUCUGCUGCCCCCCUCACCCCCCCCCCCCCGGGCACCCUAUUUUCCAAGCUUCUUAAAGGGCAAUAUUUCAACGCUAAUGUUGUUGUUUCUCAGGUAAAUGCUCAGCCAGUACUGGAGGGAACAGAAGACUCUGGGAAAAGGUCCAUUCUCUCUCAUAGAGGGGCGUGUGUGUUUUGUUUUUUCAUUCCAGCAGGUUUGUUUGUUUGUUUUCAAAGCCUGUCCUGCCUGGUUACUUACCUGUUUGGAUGUCUUCUCUGCCCUUUUGUG